GGCAAUCGUCGGUGAAGGUUCCACUACCUGAAAAAUAGAGUGGUGCAUUGUCACUGGUUGAGUGAAGACCAUGUGGCCACGGCGAUCAUGGGAGGAAGAUCACAAAACAGAGGCAACUUCCAGAGCACAGGACGAUGAGCGUGGAUCUACUGCAGAAGGUGUGCAAUUGUCCGCCACGAUCCAAUCUUCAACGAGUACCACCUCUGCUUCGGCGACUGUUUCCUCAAUCAGCUCUGUCUGCCCUAUGCUAACAGGCACCGUUGGCAGCUCUGGCAAGCAGCCCUCGAUAGUCUCUAGCUUUAACAGACAUUCUUCCAGCAGUUCUAGUACCUGGUCAGUACCGAGCCACUGCUCUACAAGUUUCCAUAAUGUAGAAGCGACUCAAACGAAUAAGGACUGUCCGGCCACAACCGGAUCUUGGGCGUCAUCCCAACAGCAGCAGGAUUCACUUGUGGAAGUGCAGAGAGUUGAGCGAGAGGAAGGAUUUCUGAUCCAGAUCAGCUUGAGAGCGAAUAAUCUGCUUGACAAAGACCUGUUAUCCAAAUCGGACCCAUUGGCAGUCGUGGACUUGUCAGAGACAUUCACUGAAGCGGCACCGGGUUGGGCAGAGAUCGGGAGAACGGAGGUGAUAAUGAAUAACCUCAAUCCAGCUUGGAUGAAGAGCUUCACAAUCAUGUUUCACUUUGAGUCAUUGCAAAAGCUCCGAUUUACAGUUUACGAUGUGGACAAAUUCCCAAAAGAUAGAGCUGACACUUCAUCUCUCGACUUGUCCCAGCAAGAAUUCCUCGGGCAAACCCAUUGCUAUGUGUCAGAGUUGGUGAAGGCAGAUGGGCAAGUGCUAACAUUGGAUCUGGAGGACCGAGCACCACAGCAGCAAUCCAAAUCGGGUGUACUAGAUAGGUCUGGAUUGAGUCGUCAGUUGCUGCCAUCUUGGGGAAGUGGGCGGUACGGCAGCAGCAGCAGCGGCGGCAGAGAAGGAGGAGAGGGUUCUGGGAAAGGCAAGUCCCCAAGGGGCACACUGACUAUCCACAUGGAGGAGGUGAAUCCUCUGAGCAAUGGCACUGUAACACUGGAGUUUAAGGCCGAGAACCUGGAAAAGAUGGACUACUUCGGGAAAAGUGAUCCAUAUCUGGUGAUCUCGAAGCUUCUUGAGGAUGGUAGCCUUGCUCCUGUUCACAGAACAGAGGUGGUCAGACGGGAUUUGAACCCUAAGUGGGAUCGCUUCACCAUCUCUCUGCAACAUCUCUGCAAUGGCGACAUCGAGCGCCCACUGAGAUUCGAGUGUUUCGAUUAUGAUCGAUUCACAGCCGAUGACUUCAUAGGAAGCAUUGACAGGUCAUUAAAGCAGGUGCUCAAGGACGCACAAAGCCAAACAGAAUUGCCACUAAGACGAGAGAGUAAGAAAGACAGGAAAAAGGCGGCGGCAGACAAGAGGAAGGAGACCGUUGGAAAGAAAGGAAAGUAUAAGGCUGAUAAGAAUAGGGGAUCACUUAUCUGUGUUUGGUGUUGCAUAAAAUACAAGAAGACAUUCAUGAAGUACCUUGCUUCGGGUUGUGACAUCACCUUCCAUGUGGCUGUAGACUUCACGGCAUCCAAUGGCCACCCCCAUCAUCCCACUUCCCUCCACUAUAUAGAUCCCCAAGGAGAUGAUUCUGAGGGUAAUGCGUAUCAGCAGGCUAUACGAGCAGUAGGCCAUAUCCUUGAGCACUACGACAUGCAGAGGAUGUACCCUGCUUGGGGAUUUGGUGGGCGAGUGGCAGCGGGGAUGGUCUCUCACUGCUUUAACCUGAACGGCGACCCCUACGAUGCACGGGUAGUGGGAGUUAAAGGUAUACUGGAUGCCUAUCGUCAAGCAAUUCGCAGUGUCACUCUAGCGGGUCCAACCCUGUUUUCCCCUGUCAUCACGAGAUCUUCAGAGAUAGCUGAAGCGCACUGGAAAGAGUGUCAUUCUAAAUACACUGGCGAGCUGAAGUACAGUGUCCUUCUCAUUCUUACUGAUGGGGUAAUCAAUGACAUGGAAGCCACCAUCUCCGCAAUUAUAAAGGCUUCCAGCUUGCCUAUGUCCAUCCUGAUUGUGGGAUUGGGCAAUGCAGAUUUUUCCAGCAUGAUUACCCUUGAUAGUGAUGAUGAACCCCUUCAACUUAAUGGCAACACUGCUCAGCGGGACAUUGUUCAAUUUGUUUCCAUGAAUACUAUCACUAGCAGUCUCCACCUUGCCCAGGAGUUGUUGGCAGAGCUGCCAGGGCAGGUUGUCCAAUUCAUGGAGUGGAGGCUUCCAGAGAUGUCAGCAGCAUCGCCCCCCAGGGAUAUCUCUGCGGCUGAUGAUCUUUCUUUCCCCAGGGCUGCCUCUGUGGCUGCUGAUCUUUCUUUCCCCAGGGCUGACUCUGCGGCUGCAGAUGUUUCUUUCUCCCGUACUGCCUCUGCGGCUGCUGAUGUUUCUUUCCCCAUCGGAAGAGUGGGUAAGAAAGCUGAAGAGACGCUGCAAGUGGGCGACAGGCGACUGGGCGACACCGACGGCCACAGGACUUGCCUUUGUGGCAGAAGCAAGACUGGGGGGAGACUGGCUCCUGUUCGACAUGCACGAGACAAAGCCAAGCCGCGAGAGGCAGCAAGGCUCAGGUGGCGAUCAGAAAAGAUCUUGUCCGCAACAUUCGAGUGGGUAAGAAAGCUGAAGAGAUGCUGCAAGUGGGCGAGAGACGACUGGGCGACACCGACGGCCACAGGACUUGCCUUUGUGGCAGAAGCAAGACUGGGGGGAGACUGGCUCCUGUUCAACGUGCACAAGAUAAUGAGGCCGGGGAUGACGGUAAGCCAAGCCGCGAGAGGCUGCAAGGCUCAGGUGGCGGUCAGAAAGGAUCUUCUCCGCAACAUCCGAGUGGUGGAGAACUUCGACUUCAUAAUCUUCAGCCCCACAACAGAGAUGCAUAACCUGGAGAUAGAUCCAGCGGAACGGACGUGGGAGAUCCAGGGGAGAGCAGGAAGUGCAGCACAAAGGUUCAAUCUACUCCAGUAUACAGCAAGGCUGGGGUACCGAGUCAGGCGCAGAUCGGCCAAUGUGCACGACACGAUCACACAGAGAUGGCCAAGCACACAGACAUUGACCCCUCGGUCCUACCGACCAUCCUGCGGGGCGUGGCGCUGGCGAUAAGAAAUACACGAGCAAGAAGCCUGAGCUGUUGGCUGAACCAACAACCCGCAACACAGGUACAGCCUGAAUGAGCUGUGUGCCAUAUGUCAAACAGGCCAAGUCAAAGACAUGCCCGAAGGCCCGCCAGGUCUGGGACAAUGUGGCAGCUUUAUGGCAAGCAGUGACUAACAGACCCUUCCCGGACCAGACACGCAGGAUAGUACUGGUUUCGCCGUCCCGAGGCAUGCGGAGCCCUACCAGCACAAGCUGCAUCAGAGGAUAAGGCCACUGGCCCUGUGGACAAUUUGGAAGAGCAGGUUUCAGGAGGCAAUAGGCAAGAGACGACUAGCCCCUCCCCCAAGUUAUGGGUUUCGCCGCCCCGAGCCAUGCGGAACCCUACCAGCACAAGCUACUUCAGAGGAUAAGGCCACUGGCCCUGUGGACAAUGUGGAAGAGCAGGUGUCAGGAGGCAAUAGGCAAGAAACGACUCGUCGACUAGCCCCUCCCCCAAGUAUGGGAGGGAGUCAUCCAACUGCUGGAGGCAGAGUACCAGGUUGACUAGGGAAGGGUCGAGAGAGAGAGAUGGAACAAAACGCUGGCAAGGCCCAGUAAAUUCAGAACAACUGCCACAAAUCCCUGGGGGCAGGUAAGACCGGCCGGCUGGAAGGAGGGAAGAUCCAGUUCCAAUGGGCCCAGAAACGGGUGGUUUUGUCAGGGCUGACGAUGACCAGGCAGAUGAUCAAGUCCACAAUAUGCUAACUAAGACCAGUUGUAGCGUCGCGACUAAUCAGAGGGGAGCAGAUUAGGAUAACGUGCCUAGAAUGCGAGAUGCUAGCAAAGCAGGGGCAGAGUGGUGGUACAUCCUUCCGACAAGGAAGCAAUCAAUGCUGCUGUCUCAG